UAUAUCUAUUCUUUCACUCCCACCAAAUCAUCAUCAACGUCUCUCAUUCUUCCACAUCAACACCACCACUCCCUCUCUCCAAAUCUCAACCCUCCGUUUCUUGAGAGACAGGUUAAGGCCCACCAUUGUUAUCACCGACGAGUUUUUUUCCUUUAGGAUGCAACACACAACAUGCCAAUUAAGUGAUUAACUCUCUCACUACCCUUGAGUUCACCUUUUUCUUCCUUCUUAUUCACUUGUCCUGUCCCAUGUUGUUGCAAUGCAAACCACACUAACACAUGCAAGUUUCUCCUCACUUAACACACUACUCUAAGUUUAUAACCUCUCUCAUUUUCUUUCUUUCUCUUCUUACACUAUGAAUACUGAUACAGUAUAAUAGUGUGACUGUGAGUGAGUGAUACUUUAGUUUAACCAACUACUCUGCUCAAUUCUUGGCUUUUGAGUUUUGAAUGGGUUUAUCUUCUCUUCACGUCUGCAAUAUGGAUUCAUCUGCAGAUCACUGGUUGCAGGGCACAAUUCACGAUGAGUCAGGAAUGGAUUCAUCUUCACCAUUAUCUGGUGACAUGCUAACAUGUUCAAGACCAUCCUCCAUGAUAGAUCAAAGGAGGCUAAGACCACCACAUGACCUGUCUCUAAAAUGUCCAAGAUGUGAUUCAACUCACACCAAAUUCUGCUACUACAACAACUACAGUCUCUCUCAGCCUAGGUACUUCUGCAAGACUUGUAGAAGGUAUUGGACCAAAGGAGGAACCCUAAGAAACAUUCCUGUUGGUGGAGGUUGUAGAAAAAACAAGAAAGUUUCUUCCAAAAAACCUAAUGAUAAUAUUCAAAAUCAUAUUCAAAACCAACAACCUCAACAAGGAUCUUCUUAUUCAUACCAUCAUCAUAAUCACAACAACAAUAACCCUAAGGAUCUUCAUCUUUCUUUCCCUGAUGUGCAAUUCUCUCACCUUAGUAACUUACUAGGGAGUAGUACUUCUGGUGCAUUAGGAAACCCUAAUUUCAAUGCUUGCAUGCUUGAGAAUCCUAGGCCUAUUGAUUUCAUGAUGGAGAGUAAACUAGAAGGCAUAAUUGGAAGUAGCUCUAGGAAUUUUGAUAACUUUUUCGGAAACAAUGAUCACAUGAGUAUGAACAUGGGUGUUGGAGACAUGAUGAAUGGUCAAAAUCAAAAUGUGCUUCAAUUGCAACAGAAUUUCCAUUCCUCAUUUGGUGGCAUGUCAUCAUCAUUUGAUGGAAACAAUAACAAUGGAGGUUAUUUAAUGGAUUCUUGUCAAAGACUCAUGCUUCCAUAUGAUGCUCAUGAUGAGGAUCAUAAUGGUUCAAUUGAUGUGAAACCAAACCCUAAGUUACUCUCACUUGAAUGGCAACAAGAUCAAGGUUGCUCUGAUGCUGGAUAUGGAUCAUGGAGUGGCAUGAUGAAUGGUUAUGGAUCCUCCACAAUAAACCCUUUGAUCAACGGCUGAGAUUUCUCUUGGUAAAUGGUUAAUUUGAUCAAUGACCUAAUCAAUCACUCUAUAUACAUAAAGUUAUUGUAUGGGAGGGUUUAAUUAAUUAAUUAAUUUCAUGUAUUUUGUUUAUGUAGUGUUUUUUUCUUCUAGUUGGUGAUGGAUGGAGUGUGAAUGAGAAGGUUAAGAGUCCAAAUCUACUGCAUUGGUGUGUGACUUUUGGAUUAUAUAAAUAUGCAUGUGUGUCUUAGUGUGCGACACGUAAUGGAAGAUUUAGGAUUUAUAUUUGAUGUAACAUCGAGGAAGAUAUGGUAGUUCUUGUAUCCUAGUUAAAGAUGAUAUGUUGUAGUACUGUUAUAUUAUUAUUAUCUUUAUGAAAAUCUUGGGCUAUUAUUUAUAUUAUUAUAUGCAUAACUAUGAUAUGAGUGUUUCUUUGACUUCGUUAUUGUGCCGUCA